AAAAAAGCCCCUGUACUCCACCGGUCCACGGAUGGGGUGGAUCCGAUAGGCGCCGAGUAGGAGGCCGGUACGUCGACGAUGGCGCCGGCGCCGGCGAGCGUCGCGACGCAUAUGUGGACGGGCUCCCCGUACUCCUUCGCCGUCCUCGAGCGCCUCCUCCAGAAGCACUUCUCCGUCCCCCGCCGGCUCCUCCAGGUCCAUGCCCUCCUCCUCACCUCCGGCGCGCUCUCCACCUCCGACGCCGCCGCCACCUUCCCCUACAACUGCCUCAUCCAUGCCCACCUCCGCCUGCCCGCUUCCACAAUCACCCCGCUAUGCGCCCCGCUCCGCCUUUUCUCGGCCAUGCUCGCCGCCGGGGCAUAUCCCAACGGCCACACGUUCCCUUCCCUCCUCAGGUCCGCCUCCGCCUCCGGACCAGCCACCAGGUCCCUCCAUGCGCAGUGCCUCCGCCACGGGCUUACGGCUGAUCGCUUCGUUGCAUGCUCGCUGGUGAGCUCCUAUGGCCGAGCUGGCCGUCUCGGGUGUGACGCAUCUAAGGUGUUUGACGAAAUAGCCAGCCCGAAUCUGGCCUCCUCUAUUGCUAUGCUUGAUGUGUUGUGCCUUCGUAAGGUGUUUUGUUGUUCACAUCUACGAUAAACAUAGCAAGAGAUUACAAAGAAGUUAAACAUUAGACAACUACAGUCCAAGGGUAUCUGGCAUUACACUUUUCAUCCGAGAACUCACAAAUAAAGUACGCGGAGGGGAGAGAAGCCGAAAUGAACUGGACUGCAGUUUCUCAGGGUCUUUUUUCCAUCACUGAAUCUGUGGGGUAGCUAAGCUUAAGCCGUUUCUGAAGAAGCUCCAACGUAAAGAAGUGUGCCCUAAUUUUCUUUUUCCUUCUCUUGUGUGGAGUUUAUUUACGAUACUUAUUUCCCACCUCAGUUAAAUGGGACAAGGGGAGAAAGAUUCAGCUGAUAAUUUGGUCGCUCCAUCUGAUGAUAGGAACGAGGUGCAGGUGGAAGCUACGUGCGUCGAAUUUGUAAGAUAGAGCAAAAGAAUACUUGGAUGCAUGUUUAUUCUCAUCCAAAAUAGAACAAAAGAAAGCAGUAAAUCCAGAUCGUCAAUGGAAAAAUCUAUUUAUUUUGCAGACUUUAUAUCUCCAUAGUACACAGAAGUUCGUGAUUACUGCAGUUUCUCAGGGUCUUUUUUCCAUCAUUGAAUCUGUGGGGUAGCUAAGCUUAAGCUGUUUCUGGAGAAGCUCCAACUUAAAUGGGACAAGGGGAGAAAGAUUCAGCUGAUAAUUUGGUCGCUCCAUCUGAUGAUAGGAACGAGCUGCAGGUGGAAGGUAUCGUGCGUCAAAUUUGUAAGAUAGAGCAAAAGAAUAAUUGGAUGCAUGUUUAUUCUCAUCCAAAAUAGAACAGGAGAAGGCAGUAAAUUGGAAAUCCAGAUCGUCAAUGAAAAAAUCUAUUUAUUUUGCAGACUUUAUAUCUCCAUAGUACACAGAAGUUCGUUAGUCUAAUAAUAAAAUAUAUUUUUUGUC